GCGUCCCCGCCGCCGGGAGGAGGUACCCGCACGCUCGCGGCGCGCGCCGGGCCGCCACACUCGGCCUGUGGGUGAUUUCCUCCGGACCCGAGCUCCCCGCCCAAGGAGGAAGAUGCAGACCUUUCUGAAAGGGAAGAGAGUUGGCUACUGGCUGAGCGAGAAGAAAAUCAAGAAGCUGAAUUUCCAGGCCUUCGCCGAGCUGUGCAGGAAGCGAGGAAUAGAAGUCGUGCAGCUGAACCUUAGCCGGCCGAUUGAGGAACAGGGUCCCCUGGACGUCAUCAUCCACAAGCUGACCGAUGUCAUCCUCGAGGCUGAUCAGAAUGACAGCCAGUCCCUGGAGCUGGUGCACAGGUUCCAGGAAUACAUUGACGCCCACCCUGAGACUAUCGUCCUGGACCCCCUUCCCGCCAUCAGGACCCUGCUUGACCGCUCCAAGUCCUACGAGCUCAUCCGGAAGAUCGAGGCCUACAUGAAAGAUGACAGGAUCUGCUCACCGCCCUUCAUGGAGCUCACGAGUCUGUGCGGAGAGGACACCAUGAGGCUCCUGGAGAAGAAUGGCCUGGCCUUCCCCUUCAUUUGCAAAACCAGAGUGGCUCAUGGCACCAACUCCCACGAGAUGGCCAUCGUGUUCAACCAGGAGGGCCUGAGUGCCAUCCAGCCGCCCUGCGUGGUCCAGAAUUUCAUCAACCACAACGCCGUCUUGUACAAGGUGUUUGUGGUGGGCGAGUCCUACACCGUGGUCCAGAGGCCUUCGCUGAAGAACUUCUCCGCGGGCAUGUCAGGCUCCUCCCCAGGACCGUCUCUCGUGCCCCCCGUCUGGACUGGCUCUGGUCGGAACGGCGGGAGGACUGUCGGGCACACCAGGGCGGCCAGGGGCCUGUGUGCCCCGCUAGCGGGAAGGAUGCCAGACCGGGAGUCCAUCUUCUUCAACAGCCACAACGUGUCCAAGCCGGAGUCGUCCUCUGUCCUGACUGCGCUGGACAAGAUCGAGGGCGUGUUCGAGCGGCCCAGCGACGAGGUCAUCCGGGAGCUGUCUCGGGCCCUGCGGCAGGCGCUGGGCGUCUCCCUCUUCGGGAUCGACAUCAUCAUCAACAACCAGACGGGGCAGCAUGCCGUCAUCGAUGUCAAUGCCUUCCCAGGUGAGCCGGGUCUGGGCGCGCCCCACCCCCAGGGCCGUCUGUGGGGCCGGGCUGAGGGCCGCUGAGCCUCAGCUGCUAGCGGGGGCCUUGGGGUGCCUGGGCACGAAGGAGGAGCUCGUAAAGCCAGCGGCCUUCUUCCAGAAAAGCCAAGAGAAUGCCGCUCGGAGACCCGCGGCGAGGAGGCAGGGCGCCUGGGGCUGCGC